UUACCCUUCUGCCUUAACUGGCGAAAAAUAAAAAAAUAUAAUGAAAAAAAAUCACCAUAUCGCACACACAAACGAAGUAGCUUGUUUGUUCACCGAUAUUCUAUGAUAUAUGUGCAGAAUUUCAGAUUGUUAUAGGUAAUAAAUAUACCGUACAAUUUUAACUGUUUUGCGGUGUAUUGUUACUAACACAUGGUUUGGGUUUAGGGAUCCUUGACACAUCUUUAUGAAAGUUUGUAACAAUAUAGCAAUUUGAACCCAUUUCUAUCGCCAAUUCUUAAUGUCCAUCUCUGUAGCGCAACGAUUGUAGCUUUGAUGAUUUUUUUCUGUCACUUUCAAGGCGAUAAAAUCCAUAUCUUUGAGUUAUAGAAGUUCGGGUUGGUAUUAGUGUGUAGAGGACCCCUAACCUUACACGACGAUGUACAAGGUAUAGAGUGGUCGAGAAUAAGCUAAAUUUAUGUUGUGUUGUGGUAUCUUAAAAAAUGAUGCAUUUGAUUUUCACCUUUCCGUACGUUUGACUGAUUGAAACUGUAGGAUACUGGUGGUAGUUGGUCUUUAUCGUUCUUUGUCCAAGUAUUUGUGUUUAUUCAUGACUACGUUCAUGCAAAGGAUCUUGGUUUCCAAAGCACAGAGAAAUUUUGAGGAUAUUAAACUAUUGGUAUUUUAAAAUGCCGUAAACGUUUAUCCACAAUAACGAAAUAAAACUUAGAGAACAAAAUACUAUUAAUGCUGUUUUGAUAAAAACUUAAUUGACCUAAUUUUUGGAAAUAUUUCGAAGUUAUCUUUGGAACUAAUGUUUAAUUUCCUUUCGGGAUUUAUCUUAUUUAACAAAGAACAAAUAAUUUCGUAAUCUUAAUUUAUUUCUACGGAACGAAUCGAUUUCUGUCAAUAAAACGUUAGAACGUUUUCCCCGUGUCAAUAAAUGACAUAUGUUGAAGAAAAACACAAGAAAAAUAGCCAAUAUUAACACGGCAUGCACACAAAUAUUAUUACAAGACAUUUCCCCCUAUAAACCACAAUACUGUUCAAAUGUGACGAUGUUGUUGAUAAUCUAUGGACUCCGUGGAUGGAUAUACGUCUAUUUAACCUUGCUCUACCACGUUUACUCGGUUAUUUGCCAAGAGCCUGCCAAGUGCUACAGCUGGGACACGUUCCAACAGGGCCGACUGGAGGGGAACGUCCUACGGAGUUUGUCUCGUACGGGGCCUUUCACGUGCAUCAAGGAAUGUCUGCUACGAAAUAAUUGUAAAUCAGUCAACUAUAAUCAUCAAUUUCAUCAAUGUGAAAUCAAUCAUAGAAGAGCAGUGAAAACCUCACUGAAAGUGGGCGCCCUUUGGCGAUACCUGGAGAGAAAUAAAAUGGACAAUCUGGUUGAUGUAUCCCCUUGCAACGGAUCAAUUUGUAAAAAAGGAGAGAGAUGUGUGGAGUUGGCAGACAAUUCGACAACCUGCAGUAUUACAGAAUGUCUGCCGCACUCGCAGCAUGGAAAUAAACUGGUAUUUUCCAAAGCGACCCCUGAGCACAGUCCAUUGGCUGUGGGGAGUGUGGUCCAUUAUCACUGUGCUACCAAUGUCACAGUCAACAUAACACGGCGAUGUCAACAAACGGGCAACUGGAAAGACUUGCAGGACCCUAUCGAAUAUUGUGUGUCAAAAAAAACAGGUAGUUAAACUACCGGGACCUUAGAUUGGUGGACACCAACCAGUGAUCUUCAGCGUUGUGAACAUUUAUGGACUCGUAUACAUGUAUUCUUCUAUCUUAAGAGAAACAAAAUGUGAUCUAUCCAAAGUAAAAUGUAAUAAGUCUAUACUACUGGUUAAUAAAAAUGUAUUUUUG